AUGCCCCGACGCUGGAAAAACCUGCCCAAGUGGCAAAAGCAGAACAAGUACAUUCGGUCUGGUUACAGAAAACCAUCUUACUCCUACUAUGGGUCGACGAGAGACAUGGCCAGAUGGCAUAACGAGACCGUCAACAUCUGGUCACAUCUGUCUGCAGCCAUCAUCUUCUCAUGGUUACUCAUCCGAUUCCUUGCCCAAUCUGGGGCUCUGACUCUGGAUGUGGUGGCAGUCGUCACAUUCUUCCUUGGGGCCAUUGUCAGCUUUGCCCUGUCAUUCGUCCAUCACCUCCUCUCCAACCACAGCCGAAAGGUCAUGAUUUGGACACAGCAACUAGACCACGUCGGCACGGUGAUUUUCAUCUGGAGCGCAAUGGUUUCCUUUCUCUAUUUCGCCUUCUAUUGCGACCGCCAAUUACAGGCAUACCACGUCGGCGUUGCAACGGCAGUGGCCCUGGUCACGGCGUUGUGUGUGUCUCAGCCAAUAUUCAGGGGUCCUGAAAGUUAUCACACGCGCACAUUAACCUUCCUCGCCCUCGGGCUCUCGGCAAUCCUACCGACGAUGUCGCUUGAUGUUCGUUCCUGGGAAAGGAGUUCCUGUCACCCCGUCCUCCUGGCAUCCUACAGGAACCUGAUCAUUCUGAAUGCCAUUGGAGGCUUUUUUUCCUGCAUGCGAAUUCCAGAAAGGCUCUGCCAGGAUGCUUUUGAUAUCGUGGGCUCUAGCCACCAGGUCAUGCACAUAAUGGUCGUGGCGGGGGCACUGCUGUAUCGGGCAGGAUUACUCUCUGCCGGACGAGCCUGGCAAGGAGAGGGUGCCACUGGAUUACCAUGUCCCACGGGGUGA